UUUCACAAGGGAAUCUUUUCAUUGCAGACCAUGAGUUCCGCGAAUAAAAAGCUGCUUGACGUCAGUGAUGAAAAGUGCCCUUCCGGUGCCAGUACUCCUGUGUUGUCCUGGUCUCCCCUGCCGCAAAGGAAAACGCUGAGAUUCCUGCAGAGAGAAGAUUGCGUCAAUUUUCAAAAAAGAAACAUCUGACAAUGCUAUGAUAUCUGUGUAUCCAUUCGGAGACGAGUUAUAUGCUUUCACAGAAGUUCCAAUUAUUCAUAAAAUAAAUUCUGAAACACUGGCGACGGAAGGUAGAGUGAAUGUUUCGGAAUAUGUAUCCAUUGUGAACCAUACGUCUCAUCCUCAUGUAAUGAAUGACGGUACCGUCUACAAUCUGGGAAUGUCUAUUUACGCAACCGGUCCACAUCAUAUAGUUGUUUGCUUCCCGAAAAGCAUGGACCCCGAUAUUUCGAUGUUUGAAAAAGCCAGGAUUGUUGCGGCUGUACCUGCACGAUGGAGUUUGAAUCCGUCAUAUAUGCAUUCUUUUGGUAUUACAGAAAAUUACUAUGUAAUCGUAGAGCAGCCUUUGAGCAUAUCUAUAACUGGAGUUGUUUCUGCCAAAUUAACAAAUGAACCAAUAGCUGGCUGCUUGAAAUGGUACCACGAGGAGUAUACAAGAAUAACAAUAAUUUCCAGACAGACGGGGAAACUUGCGAAAGUUUUCCAGGCAGAAGCAUUUUUCUACCUGCACGUUAUAAAUCAGUAUGAAAAAGAGGAUCACAUCAUUUUGGACAUUUGUAUAUAUAAAGAUCCAUCUGUUUUAGAUGCCAUGUAUGUGGAAACCAUGAAGUCGAUGCAGAAGAAUCCAGACUAUGCCAAAAUGUUUCGAGGAAGACCUGCCAGGUUCGUAUUGCCAUUAAAUCCUGAUAAAAUGACCUCCAGUCCAAAGACUAACUUAGUUAAAUUGAAGAAUACCAGAGCGAAAGCCCAUUAUCUGCCAAAUGGUGACAUUUAUAUUCAGCCAGAAAAGCUCUGCAACCUUGGAUGUGAAACACCAAGAAUAAACUACGAAAAUUAUCUUGGAAAACCAUAUAGAUAUUUUUACGCAAUAAGUUCUGAUGUUGAUGCUGACAACCCAGGAACAGUCAUAAAAGUGGAUACUUACACAAAAUCGACAAAAACCUGGUGUGAGCCAAAUUGUUAUCCAAGUGAGCCCAUAUUCAUCCCAAAUCCAGAGUCUAAGUUCGAAGAUGAUGGCAUAGUGGUGUUAUCCAUGAUAUGGGGUGGAGAAGAUACGAACCACGUCGGACUCCUGGUGCUAAACGCAAUAGAUUUCACCGAACUAGGAAGAGCAGAAUUUGAAACGCGCAGUCCCGUUCCAAAAUGUUUGCACGGUUGGUUUCUGCCGCAGAAAUAACCAAGAAGAAAAAGGCAAUUCUGAUGAUUGUAUAAAGUGUAUAAUUGACAACAUACCUAGUUACUGAAAUAGAUAGCUCUAAUAUUGUA